AGCACACAGGUAGCCACGCAUCGGGCCAAAUGCAAUUCAUAGUUCAUCCAGCAGACACACAAUGAUGGUACAGCUUACAGCAGGAAAAUUUCCGUUCAAAUCGGUGUUUAAUCAGUUUCUGGGAGCGCUCGCAGUCAAUCUAAUCACUAUCGGUCAUGGGGUAGCCGUCGGAUGGGUUUCGCCGUUCCUGCCGUAUCUGCAAUCGAACUCGACUCAUCUGGCCUCUGGACCGGUCAGCGUCGAGCAAGGUUCCUGGAUUGGGGCAGCGCUCUGCAUCGGAGGGUUCUUCGGAACGCCAUUCUUCGGACUUCUGGCCAGCUCGUUGGGCAAAAAGCGAAGCCUCCAGCUGGUGGCCAUUCCACAGCUCGCAUUUUGGCUAUGUGUAUACUACGGUACUCAUGUCUACCACUUAUACCUUGCGCGAGUACUGGCGGGAAUGGGCGGAGGAGGACUUCUUCGAAUAAUUCCUCUCUACAUUGCGGACAUUGCUGAUACUAAACACCGCGGCAUGCUCGGAGCCCUACUCAUCAUAUCUAUGAACUCGGGCGUAUUGAUAUGCUUCAUUCUUGGAAAUUUCCUGCACUACCACACGGUGCCAAUGGUGGCAGUUGCACUCCCUGCCCUGUUCAUCGGUGCCACCUGCUGCCUACCGGAAACACCGUACUGUCUGCUGAAAAGUUCUCGAACCGAGCUUGCCGAACGAUCUCUGAUGUUCUACCGGGGCAUCAGGGGACACUUUCAGAAGACCGAUCAGUUUCGACAGGAAUUCGAACAGCUCAAGAAAGCUGUGAACGCCGAAAGCGAUAAAACUGACGGACAAAAUCGUUUGGAUUGGAAGGAUUUUUGUACGAAACCAGCCAAAAAAGGACUAACGAUAGGGCUUUUCCUAAUGAUAUUGAAUCAGUUCAGUGGAGCUCUGGCCAUCAUCACCUACUCUGCGACAAUUUUCAACGAGUCUGGAUCAGAUCUCACUCCCAAUGAGUCGUCUAUAAUAGUUGCCCUGAUUCAACUAGCCGGUACCCUAGUUUCGUUCACUUUAGUGGAUAAUCUGGGUCGCAAAGUGCUACUGUUGAUCUCCACUAUUGGAACGACCCUUGGAUUGUUUUCCAUGGGAUUGUUUUCCUUUCUUUCCCAGCAAGGCUGGGAUCUCAGCUCUCUACAAAGCCUUCCUAUCGUUAGUUUAUCGUUUACGAUUCUACUAACCUCGAUCGGAAUUUACCCAUUGCCGUACGUCAUCUUGGCAGAGGUGCUGCCAAACAAGAUAAGAAAUAUUGGCAGCACAAUUGGUAUUACGACGGUAUCGCUUAGUGCUUUUGUCAUACUCAAGCUAUUUCCCGUUCUGAUCGAGAAGAUACACUUGCAUGGGACGAUGUGGACGCUUUCGGCAAUUUGCGUCGUAGGAACCUUCUUCAUCCUGUUUGUGGUUCCGGAAACCAAAGGCAAAAAUUUGGUUACUAACGAAAGUGAUACGAAACCCGAUAAAGCAUGAUAAUCUCAA